AUGACGCUUCUAGAUUUAUUCAAGGUAGGUUUUAUUUUCAAAAAAAAAAGAAUUGUUCCGCAAAGCUUUGGAAACUUGGAAAUUUUAAUUUCUGAAGAUAUUAGAACUCGUAAAAACCGGCUGGAAAAAAUUUCAUACUGUAGAACUUUUUUUCAAGGUUACAUUUAUUUUUAAAAAAAAAGUAUUGCGUAUCUAGUUGUUGCGUAAUAGUCUGUGAGCUUUUUUUGAAAUGUUCUAAAUUUCAAAAGAGAACCUUGAAAAUAAGAAAAUUUUAAAUUAAAAAAAUCGAACUUUUCCUAAAGCGGGAAUCUGAUACAAGCGUCCGAUGCUCAAAAUAUUUCAAUCUCUGAACGUUUCAUUGAAGUUUGAACUUGAUUUUUGUUAUUCCCCAACUUCCUGAUCAAAAUAACACUCCAAAGAAUGUUUGACGAUGUAGAAUAUGAAUAUCAGAGCUUCACUUGAUAGCAAGAAAAAUUAGAAAAAAGCUCAAGUAGAUCAUGAGAAUAUAAUUUUUGUUGUUUUGUUGCUUUUUGUAAAUCAAUGUUCAUUGAACAUAUUGUUUAUUUUCUCUGGAUGGUUUUCGAAUUUUUCUGGACACUAAUUAAGGUAUGAACUAAAUUACCGUAGUCAUUUUGAUCUACCAGUGAAAAAGGUAUCUAUAAUUAGAUUCAAAUCGGGAUGUUUUUUUUUUAUUUUUUCAGGUUGAUUGAACUCAUGUGGUUUAAUUAAUUCAGAGAAUAAUCAAGAAAAAAUGAUCAGAACAUCAGAUGUCUCCAAGAAGACCAAAAACUAUAAAUAGAUGCUUAGAUUCAAUGAAGAAAAUAUAGUUCAGAAACUUUCAUAUUUCCAAAUCGCUAACCACCGGAGAAGCUUUUUUUUUUUAGAAAAUGGUAGACUAGGGGCUGUUAGCCCCCAGGCGUAACAGUCUUCUAAUUUAUUUCAGUUUCACUUUUUUCUGUGAUUAUUGUCACUUUUCUGUGGAAAAUUCUGUGGAAACUAGAAGAGCUUCCAGAUUUACAAAUUUUUGACCAAAAAAAAGUUGAUUAAAAAAAUAGAAUUUUCUUUAGACAAUACUCAAUAGAUGCUCACUAAAUGAAAAAAGGGCCGAUUUUUUUUCAUCCAACUAAAAAACUCGGGCCGAUUUUUUUUUUGAAAAAACUGAUGAAAAAAAUCGGCCCGAGUUUUUUAGUUGGAUGAAAAAAUCGGCCCGAGUUUUUUCAAAAAAAAAUCGGCCCGAGUUUUUUAGUUGGAUGAAAAAAAAUCGGCCCGAGUUUUUUCAAAAAAAAAUCGGCCCGAGUUUUUUCACAAAAAAAAUCGGCCCGAGUUUUUUCACAAAAAAAUCGGCCCGAGUUUUUUCAGAAAAAAAAUCGGUCCGAGUUUUUUCACAAAAAAAAUCGGCCCGAGUUUUUUCAAAAAAAAAUCGGCCCGAGUUUUUUUCAAAAAAAAAUCGGUCCGAGUUUUUUAAAAAAAUCGGCCCGAGUUUUUUUUCAAAAAAAAAAUCGGUCCGAGUUUUUUCAAAAAAAUCGGCCCGAGUUUUUUCCAAAAAAUCGGCCCGAGUUUUUUUCAAAAAAAAAUCGGCCCGAGUUUUUUCAAAAAAAAAUCGGCCCGAGUUUUUUCAAAAAAAAAUCGGCCCGAGUUUUUUCAAAAAAAAAAUCGGCCCGAGUUUUUUCAAAAAAAAAAUCGGCCCGAGUUUUUUUCCAAAAAAUCGGCCCGAGUUUUUUCAAAAAAAAAAUCGGCCCGAGUUUUUUACUAGUAAUUUACACUAGUUGAUUUCGAGUUGAUUUCCAAGAUAUUCCCAAUAUUUUUUGCAAAACUUGUUUUUUUUUCAAUUUUUGCUUUCAAACUUUGACCGUUUUCUGUGGUCAUUUCUGUUUUCGACCAAAACUCGAUUUUGUUUUUCAAAUUGCAAAUCAAACCGAAUAUGCUAAUUGUGCCAUGUGAGAUAAACCAUGCAUGAAUAAAGGAUCGAAGACUGACCACGAGGCAACACCGAUGUCAUCAAAAAUAUAUAAGAAUUAUGAAGUAGAUAGAACAAAAGUCAAUUUUAACACGAAAAUAUUUAGAGAGAUUUUGCGGAUCAAAGUUUUAAUGUAAUUUUAUUUUCGGAAAAAAAUCGGCAAAAAUCAAAAAUGUUGGAACAUCCGAAAAUGAGAACAAGGGGGACCCCAUUGAAAAAUGCUGCUUCCAUCAAGACACCACCCAAUCGGGUCUUUAUUACAAUGGUAGAUUUUCAGAUGUUCUGGAUUUUUGGCUUUGAUAUGAGCAAUUCUGUAAUCACUCUAGGAAUAAAUUUAAUAUGAGAAAUGGGCAAGAAUUUAGUGAGAAACCAAUAUUCUGUACAUUUUGCAACGACUAUUUUCAGAACUCUAAACCCUGAUUUGGACUCUGAACAACAACUAUAUUUACUCCGUCAUGAGUUUUGACGCGUCAAUGAUUUUCAUUCUUCUCGUUGCAAACUACAUUGUUCAUUUUCUUUUUUUCUGGGAAAGUCUAGUAUCAAAUCUCGUGGCUCUGAGAAUUUGUUUUUUCUCCACUAAAACUCCCAUAUAGUUUAUAUUCACAUAGUUUCGUUUUUUUUCAAGCGUGAGAAUAAACAACAGCAUCACAUCAGACCCAAUAAAUAUAAAUAUUGCAGAAGCAUGAGAUAAAUUGAUUUUGUCACGUUUGAGCUUUCGGGUUACUGUAGUUGAUCUCAAGCUCAAAGAACUUGUGACAUUGUCCCGCCUCUUUUCCCUCGAGAUCACAUAUAAAUACUGACCACUAGUUCAAACUUGAGACAAAUAAAUUCAUUAUUUGCUAAUAAUUUGAUAAAAUGGCUUGGGAAGUUUUGCAGGUACUUUAGUUUGGAAAAACCUUUUUAAUUAAACGAAAUCAGGCUUUGACCUUUUAGAAGACCUUAAACAAAUAAACAAAAUCCUCAUUAAAAUGCUAAAUCCAAGCUAGAAAAAAAAGUUGCUCAUCUCAUCUCAUUAUUUUUAGAUGUCAACCAGCGAAACGGAUGAUGAAGCACUCAUUGCACGAUCACUUUUAUAUAUCGGAUGUGGAUUUCUUGUAUUACUUCCCAAUGCGUUUUGUAUUAUUGUUUUCAAUUCGUCAAAAGAGUUUCGACAGAAAUUUGUGUUUUUCACAAUGUUGUCACUUUCUGAUAUGGUAAUUUUUUUUGAGAAUAUAUUUUUCUCAGACCUCCACAGUUUGUAGUUGUGAAGCCAUUGAUCUCAAUUUUCCAGAUAAACGGCAUCAGUUUCAUUCUUGCUGGAAUGGGAAGAUACAAUCUCAUCUUGGCACAUCGAUUCCACAUUCAAACUUCCAAAUCUGAAUGUAUCACCCAAUUUGUGUGGCCAAUAUUUAUGUUGAUUGGCGGACAAUUGCCAGCCACAUUUCAUUGUCUUUUGACGGUUGAAAGAGUGUUGGCUGUGAAUCGAGUUAGUUGGUAUCGAAGUCAUUGGUCGUGGAGACAUCGAAUGUAUUUGACUAUUUUGGGCAUUACCGGAUGUGUGGUUAGUUGUAAGUUGAAAUAACUUUCCAAAAAUAUAUAUUUCAGGCACUGAACUUGUUGGCAAUUUGGAUUUCAUACCACGACGAAAGUCGAAACAGUGAUCGAAUUUGUGCCGUUUUCGAUUCAACUGGAAUUAUUUAUGGAACCGCUCAUUAUAUCCUAAUCGCUUUCUCAUAUUUGAUUGCUUUUGUUGUUACUUUGAACCUGUUUUGGAAAUCGCAUAAGAGCAAAUUUUUGAACACUUCCGAACGUCGAAAACAAAUGGCAAUUUUGAUUUUAUCGGGGAUCAAUGUUAUUAUGGUUAGCUUUCCGAAUACUGUGUUGGUCGCUGAUGAAUGGCACGGAAAAGGAUUCAAUGUUCUGUUUGUUGGUGAGUGGAGAACCUCUGGAUUUUGAAUUUUGACUGGCCCUGGUCCUAAAUCUCGAAGCCAGAAAUUAUACUUUCCAGGUAUUGCAUAUCUCCUCUACGGUAUUCAAUCAUGUUUCAAUCUUCCAAUCUUCUAUUUCUUCCGCCUCGAAUUCAAAAGAAGACUUCACGAUAUUUUCAGAUGUCAAUAUCCAAAUUCGGUUUUCUUCACCGUAAGAAUAAAAAAUUCAAUGAACCUGAGAAAAAUUUAAAUAUUUUUCAGUCAAACAAUGAGAUGAGUCGUCAACAAAUUUCCCGUGUCGGACCAACGAUUUCACGCGUCGGAAGCAGAUGA